AUGACAGGGCCCACUGUCACGUGCUCGGCGUGCCACGCGCCCGUGCACAGCCACUGCGUGGUGAGGCGCAUGAGCUGCAUGGUGCGCACGAGCUGCGCCAACGAGAUGGACUUCGCCUUCGCGAACCAUCAGGCGCAGCAGAGGAUGGCGAUGAGCUCCGCGGGCUUUGGGCGUUUCAUGAGCGCCAGCGGCCAGCGCGCAGGGCAGGCCAUCGGCGCGGUGGCCACCGGGGCCGUGGGAGGGGCGGCCAGGUUGAUGACAGACUGCGCCUCGGGUGCCGUCUCGGCGAUCCGGGGCACGCGCGCUGUGGAGCUGCCGAGCGCGCCUGCGCCGAAGCGCCCGCGCUUCCUCGAGCAGUUCGACAUCUCGGACGCGGGCUCGGGCAGCGGCGUGCCGACCGAGGUGGCGGACGCGAUGGCCGAGUUUAGCCGGAUGCGCGCGGAGAUGGAGGCUCUGAGGGAGGAGAACGCCAGGCUCCGAGGAGGGCGCGCAGCGUCAGCCCAAGGCGGGUACGCGACGCCUUCAUCGCCUGAGCGGCCGGCGGAGGAGAUAACCGAGGCCCAGGACGAGGGCAUCGAUGCCGCCUACGGCGCGGAUUGGUCUCAGGCGGGAGGGCCUGCCGCGAGCGGUGCUGGGGGCAGUGCCGCCGAGACUCACGAGGUGAAUGCCGCGCGCGAGGCGGCUGACACGAUUGGCAGGCACGUCGAGGAGUUCUCCGUGCAGGACUCGGCGCAGCUGCUCAUGCCGGCAUCGCGCCUGCAGGACAUCCAGGAGGUGGUCAUCCUCAUGGCGGUGGUGUUCCUGGAGGCGCUGGUCUACCUGGAGGAGGUUUCGGAGGUCCUCCGGGAAGUGUCCCACCUUGUUCUGGCGGGCUCGGAGGGCAUGGACUUGGCCAUGGAGGUGGGUAUCCUCAUGGGCUUCGUGGCGGUGGCUUCGGACUACCAGGUGGACCUGGUGGCGGAGGUGGGCCCGGCGGUUUUGGAGGAGGACUUCCAGGAGGUGGUGGGCCCGGUCGUCCUGGUGGAUUUGGCGGGCAGCCUGCAGCGCGACUUGUCGCUCGAGAGCACGCUCGCGAAGUUGAGGGCGGCCGACUUGCCGCACUUGGCUUGGAAGGGCGGCCCGGCCGCUAAACCAGGAGUCCUCGAGCAUUGGAUCCAGAGGGCGUCGCUCGACCUGGGGGGGAUGCACCACCUCAUCGAGCGCUACUGGUCGCAGGUGCUGGGCGUGGUGGUGGAGACGUACGAGACGUAUCUCCGCCAUGGGCCCUUGGACCGCCCCGCGAUCAGGCCCACGCAGCCUGCGCAGUUCCCCCUCAGCGAGACCGACGCCGUGAACUUCCCCAGCGUGGAGCUCCGACUUCGGGGCCUGCUGCUCGCCCUCGUGCCGGAGGACGUCAAGCAGGCAUGCCUGAGUACGAGGCAGACGAGCACCACCGAUAUCCUAUUCAGCGCGCACGUGUCGGCUGGCCCGGGCACGGGCGCUGACAGGGACCACGCGUUGGAGCAGGUGUCCAAGGGGAGGCACGUAGACGUGAAGUCCACCUACGACGAGCUGCAGCGCUGGAAAUUCAGCGCGAACCGCCUCGCCACGCUAGGCGUCGCGGCCCCCGACCCCAGCAAGCAGCUGUCGUCUCUGAAGGCGAUCGCGCACAAGAUGCUGGAGUCCAACGAGGAGGUGAAGCACCGCUACUUCGGCUUCCUCGUGACUCGUGGUCUCAGCGGUGGAGUGGCUAACCAGGCGCAGGUUGACGAGCUGUGGCGCUAUCUCAGCGCGGAGGCGAGGGAGUUCGCCGAUGCGGCGCCGCAGAAGGACGACCCUGCGGCGAAGCUCGCGAUAGAGCGACGUCUGAAGGGGGAGCCCAAGGGGCACCCAAAGGGAGGUAAAGGCGACCCCAAGGGUGGAAAGGGCGACACCAAGGGGAAGGACGACAAGGGCGGCAAGAGUAAGACCGACCAGAACUCGUCCAAGACUGGUGCGAAGAAGCUCUGCACCUUCUUCGAGAGCGCGGGCGGGUGCACUAAGGGAGCAUCGUGCUCCUUUGCGCACCGGAAGCUUUCUCCGUCGGAUGGGAAGUGCUUCAAUUGCGGUUCGACCGAGCAUCGCAGCGCAGACUGCACUAGGCCUCGCGCUGCCACGAGGGUUGCUGCGCCGACGCCGUCUCCGGCGAGUGCUGGGGCGACUUCGGCAUCGACUGCGGCUGGCGGACCGUCGGUUGCGCGGGUAGCGGCUCAGACGGCGCGCGCCGAGGUCCGGGCUGAGCUGAUGAGCCUGAUGCAGAUGGGCUCUGGGACGCCGUCUGGUCAAGCUGGGCACGCGGACGCCGACUUCUGGAACGCCGGCGACCCGAAGGCCAAGAUGGUGAACAUCAAGGCCAAGGCGAUGAUCGUGAACGGGGAGCGGUACCUCCUGGCGGACACGGGCGCCACGCACGAGCUGAAGGGCGUCAAGGACUUCGACGACCUCGGCGACGACGUGCGGACGGCGCAGCUGGAGACGGCCACAGGCUCGCAUGAUGCGCGCAUGGUCGGCGACACAGUGUUUGUACUAGGUGAACAUCUACAAGGUUUAUUCCCACUUGCGUCGCACGUGGAGUCCAUGGGGCUGGAGAUGGAGUGGAACCCUCGGCGGUGCGGAGCGCACGUGGGGAACGAGUUCGUCGACCUCCACCGGGAGAACGGCAGCAUCUACAUCAGCGAGAAGAACGCGGAGAUUCUUCGAGCGGCUCGCCGGGCCCAGCUUCGGGAGAAGUUCAGGGCCUCUAUGGCGGCUUUGGCGACGAACCUCAGGACUUUGACGAAGCUCCGCGAGCGCCAGGAGGGCGGGCACAUUCACUUCGACGUGAACUGCCCGCAGUGCCGCGGCGCCCACGGCAGGAUGCGCCAGCAUUUCCGCCACGAUGCCAGUACGCGCCUGGGCGGGCAAUUGAGCAUCGACCUGAGCGGGCCGCACCUCCCGGGACGCUGGCCAUCGGGACGGUCCGAGGACACGGGCAGGAUGGCGCAGCACUUCCUCUUGGGGGCGUUCUCGGUGGCGACCGCAGCCGACACGCAGAAUCGAGCUGAUCGUGAAGGAGAGGCUCGCGAGGCAGCCGGAGUACCCGAUGAUGUGCCCGAGGUCAGCUCCACGGGUGUUGCUGUUGAUGGCGACGUCAGGCAGCUGGCUGCUCGAGUCGCUGCCGCAUUUGAGGUGUCGGAGCUCGGUGAGCUGCGCCUCAGAAGCGACCACCCCGGCCUGAUGGCAGCGAGGCCCGCGCAGGCGCCCGACCGCCCCCAGGACGAGGAGGAGGACGCGGAGGCCGAGGUCGCACCAGGGGGCGCCGGAGCCAGCUCGGAGCCCGCCAAGACGCGGUAUUUUGCGGUGCCCUUGGAGAACAAGCGCUUCGAGACGUGCAAGAAGGGGCUGGAGCAGAUCUUGGCCAUGAUUCGGUCCGAGUUCGAGGGCGCGAACGUGAUGCACCGCAUCCACGGCGACAGGGCGAGCGAGCUGACAGGCACCAAGUCGAAAGAGCACUUCGCUAAGCAGGGCAUCCUGGUCACCAGCACGCCGGGGCACGAGCCGAACAACAACCCCCGCGCGGAGAAAGGGAUCGGCCUCGUGAAGUGGAGGGCGAGGGCGAUGCUGCUGAGCUUCACGGACCCCCGCGACAGGCAGGACCUGUGGCCCAUGGCGGCGCAGCACGCGGCCUGGUGCAGCAGGAUCUCGAUGGCGGCUCAGGGGCGGCAGACGAACUGCCCUGCGUUCGGGGCCAAGGUCAGCUCGAGGGUGAAUGAUUUGCCCCACGACAUGCUGAGCGAGAGAGCGGUGGACAGCAUCUUCCUCGGCGUUGACCCCGAAAGCGCGCGGCUGGUUGGGCGAAUCGACCCGAAGGCUUCUCGCCCCGAGGCGCGCUGGGCGAUCGAGUCCUCGAGCUCGUUCGCGAUCCACCCGGAGGCGGCGGCGUUGCCGAAGGAGAGCGCGGCAGAUGAGCGAGGGAGAGCGAGGAGACAGCGAGGCCUGGAGGAGGACCAGGGGCAGCAGGAGAUGAACGUGACGAUCGUGAGGACGUUCUCGGCGAGGUGCUGCCCAAGGACAUCAGCUGCCCAGCUUGCCGGGGCCAGCACAGGAGCCAUACGAGGGACGAGCAUUGCCGGCUCGGCCCACUUCUUCGGGACGAUGGCCGUCCAGGUGCUUUUGGGCGCGGAGGUGGCGACAUCUACUCGCGCCCAGCGUGCCGAAGACGGCAUGUCGCACAUUCUCGUGACCAUCGGUGCCGACUCGGGUCAGGAGAUCCAGCGCGAGAGCGGUAUGACCCUGACGCCGAUGAAGACCCUAAAUGCCGCCUUCGGCUCGGAGCGCGAGGAAUGGCGCCAAACUUUGGAGGCGGAGCUCAUCUCCAUGACGGAGAAUGAGGUCUUCAGGAAGCUCUCGGGCCCAGAGCUGCGAGAAGUACGGCCUCGAGACGUGCAUCCUAUGAAGGUGGUGGCUGGGGAGAAGGCUGCAGAUUCUACCGGAUACCGGAAGAAGAAGGCCAGGGGCGUCGCGCGCGGCAACUUCGAGGACGAGUCGGACGAGCCGGUGUACUGCAGCAAUUUGGACAUCGCAUCGCUGAGGGCUUCAUUGGCGGUGGCCUGCAAGAAUGGCUGGAGCCUCGGGGUCAUGGACGUGUCGACCGCGUUCCUGAACGCUCAUUUGCCUAUGGGGCACAAGCGUGUCGUCGUCAGGCCGCCUGCUGUUUUUGUCCGGUACGGCUUGGUUCCAGAGGGCGAGCUGCGGGUGGCGGAGAAGGCCAUCUACGGACUGAGGGUCAGCCCGAAGGCCUGGAGCGACAAGCGGGACGCUGAUAUGAAGUCGCUCGUCGUGGAUAUCGGGGGCGAGCCGCACGUGCUGCGGCAAUCGACUGCUGAUCCGGCGGUCUGGGCCGUGGUGCCGCAGCAGGGCGGCGACGUCGAUGGCUACGUGCUGGCGUACGUGGACGACUUCUUGAUGAUGGGGUCGGACUCCGCAGUGAUAGCCUUGAGGGACCAGCUGGGGAAGCUCUGGCGCACGAGCUCGCAGCCGAUCGUGAGCAGGUCGGCACCCGGCACGCUCCGGCACCUGAGCAUCGACAUCGAGCUCAGGGCCGACGGCACUCUGACGCUCGGGCAGCGCCGGUACACCGAGGAGCUGCUCGAAAAGUGGGGGAUGCUCCAUUGCAAUGGGACGGGGAACAUCAACUUCGAGAAGGAGUCUUUCGAGCACUUCAUGGCCACCUCCUCCAGGGACGAUGGCGACGACGACGAGGCACCUGAAGUGAAGCUGUCCGAUGUCCGGCUGGCCCAGAAGAUGGCCGGAGGCCUUUUGUGGCUGGCCUCCCGGACGCGCCCAGACAUAGCGCACGCCGCGUCGCGGGUGGCUUCGAUAGCGACCACCCGCCCGCCGACGAGCCUCUGCUUCGGCAAGAAGAGCAUGCAAUCGUCAGUUGUGGCAACUCUGGAGAGCAUGCAGAUCAAGUGCUGUGCCGUUCUGUAUGGAGAUAACAGCGCCGCCAACCAGAUUGCGACUGGCAGGGGGACGUGGCGCACGCGGGCCCUCUCGACCAAAGUUAACGCGAUUCGUUCGCGUGUCGAGCGAGGUCUUUUGACUCUCCAGUUCGUCGCCACAUCUUUUAUGAAGGCCGACGGGCUGACGAAGUGCGGCGGAGUACCGCACGCGCAGCGCACCAGAGGCCAUUUUGGCCUUCGCCCGCUGUGA